AUGGAGCCAAACAUUCCUAAUCUUCCCUACAUAUUGACCACCCCUUUCUCAGAGCCUGUGCCGUUAGUUAAAAGAGAUGCUUCUAUAGAUCCUAGACUGAAUAGGCUGAGGAAUACUUAUAUUCCUUGGCAAAACGUCACACAUGCCAAAAACCACAUUGUGCUCCAAAGACAAAAAUGCCAUGAUCCUCCCAAACCCGUAGAGAUGAAAAAAUCAAAGGGUAAGGGUGGUAAGGGUUCCUCCUCACGUAAUCCAGAGCCCGAUCCUCUUGUAGAAGCCAACCAAGCCUUCAUCCAAUCUCAGAACAAUUUUGCAGCAGCCAUUAGGUCUUUUAUACCAGGACCUAACUGUCCCCUCAUGGAUCGGCGCUUACACGUUUUGGCUGAGCUGACCGAUGAGUUCGAAUGGACAAACCAAACGGUAUGGGCCCCCCAGAAGCUCUUGGCGUACGCAAAGGAACAUUUGGCGCCAUGUGGGUUCAAGGGUGCAUGCAGGGCCGAGAAGGUGCUUGUGGUUAUUACUGGUACUCUUUUUUUGUUUGUUUAUGUCGAGCUUCAGCAAGCGCCUGAACUCAGAAUCGAACGCUUGGUCAAGAAAGCUCUGAUUCUUCUUGGCUCUCUUCAAGGCCUGUACAGUAUGUAUGGCUUCGAUGCUGAGGUGUCUCCCUUUCUGCAAUGGUCUCAGUCCAUUGGAAUUCAUCAGUCAGCUCGGUCAAAAUGUGUAAACGCUGAUCCUCAUACAUUGACCACAACAGCACCGAGUGGUCAACAUCACCCAUGUUCCAUACCAUGA